AGCGAAACUCGUUAGAAACGAUGCAAAUUAGUAGUAAACAGGACCUCGCCCCUUAAGGGGAAGCUGCGGUCAAAGUCUUCUUUCCGCCCCUCCCAGCUGCGCUCUCCACACUCCGCAGCGCUGGGAGCGAGCGCGUUGCCUCUCAUCUCCCCGCUGCGCUCUCUGCUGCGCUUUCCUUCGAGGUCGCACCUCUUCCUGGAGAGGAUGGGAGCCUUUUCUCGGAGGAGCCCGCAGCCUCUCGGGCCGCCGGCGCCCCCUCUCUCCCGCUCCGGAGGAGCCCUCCUCGCGGUUCUGCUGCUGCUCACGCUGCCGGCGGCCUGGGGUAAUUGCAAAGCCCCGGCACAGCUCCCGUUUGCCAGGCCUACAGAACAGAUUGAGAAGUCUGAGUUUCCCAUUGGGGCAUCUUUGAACUACAUAUGCCGCCCUGGUUACUACAAGAAACAGUUCCGUAUCACCUGCCAAGAGAACUUGACCUGGUCAAGUGCUGAAAACAAAUGUGAACGUAAAUCAUGUGGAACUCCUCCAGAACUCAUCAAUGGCAGAAUGACCAUAAACGGAGACACCAAGUUUGGAUCAACUAUUAAUUAUGCUUGUAAUGAAGGAUACCGACUCAUUGGUCAGCCCUCUAGCACGUGCCUCAUCUCGGGCAAUAUUGUCGUCUGGGAUAACAGCCCACCUACUUGUGAAAGAAUUCCUUGUGGGCCGCCCCCGAACAUUGCCAAUGGAAGUUUCACUAGCAUCAACAGAGAAUAUUUUCCAUACGGGACGGUGGUGACCUAUCGCUGCAAUUCAGGACAGAGAGGGAAAAAGCCGUUUGAGCUUGUGGGCAAUCCGUCAAUAUAUUGCACCAGCAAAGACAACCGAGUCGGCACGUGGAGCGGCCCUCCCCCUCAGUGCAUUAUACCUAAUAAAUGCACACCUCCGGAAAUUGAAAAUGCAAUAAUAGUAUCUGAGCGCAAAACCUUAUAUUCCUUGAAUGAAAUCGUGGUGUUUAUGUGUGAGUCCGGCUUUGACAUGAAAGGACCCUCCAGUGUGAAAUGCCAACCUCGAAACAGAUGGGAGCCACAGCUGCCAAGCUGCUCUAGGCUAUGUGCGCCGCCUCCAGAAAUUCCGCAUGGUAAGCCCACCCCAAGCGACAAGGACAGUUUUUCCCCUGGGCAGGAAGUAUUCUACAGUUGUGAGCCUGGCUAUGAUCUCAGAGGGACCGCUUCUGUGCGCUGUACGCCCCAGGGAAACUGGAGCCCAGCAGCCCCUACAUGUGCAGUGAAAUCAUGUGAUGACUUCCUGGACCAACUCCCUAACGGUCGUGUGCUCUUUCCACUUAAUUUCCAGCUUGGGGCAAAAGUGUCCUUCAUUUGCAAUGAGGGGUUCCGUUUAAAGGGAAGUUCUGCUAGUUACUGUACCUUGGUUGAAAUGAAAAGCCUUUGGAACAACAGUGUUCCUGUGUGUGAGCAAAUCUUUUGUCCAAGCCCUCCAUCUAUCCUUAAUGGGAACCACACCAGAACUCCUCAGGGAGGAGUUCCCUAUGGAGAGGAAAUUACUUAUAUGUGUGACCCCCGCUCAGCCAGAGGGAUGACCUUCAACCUCGUCGGGGAGAGCACCAUCCGCUGCACAAGCGACGGUGAAGGGAAUGGGAUUUGGAGCGGCCCUGCCCCUUACUGUGAACUUGCUGGUCCUGCUGGUUACUGUAAAGCCCCAAAAGAGUUUCCAUUUGCCAAGCCUACAACUCAGACUGAUGAAUCUGAGUUUCCAGUUGGGACAUCUUUGACUUUUAAAUGUUCCCCUGGGUAUUUUGAGUCCACGUUUUCUAUCACCUGCUUAGAAAACUUGGUCUGGUCCAGUGCCGAAGAUACGUGUAGACGAAAAUCAUGUGAAGCUCCUCCAGAACCCUUCAAUGGCAUGGUACAUAUAAACACAGAUACCCAGUUUGGAUCAACAGUUAAUUAUUCUUGUAAUGAAGGGUAUCGACUCGUUGGCUCCCCUUCUGCAGCUUGUCACCCCUCAGGCAAUACUGUCACUUGGGAUAAGGAAACACCUGUUUGUAAGAAAAUCUUUUGUCCAAGUCCUCCAUCUAUCCCUAAUGGGAACCACCCCAGAACUUCUCAGGGAGACGUUCCCUAUGGAGAGGAAGUUACUUACAUGUGUGAACCCCGCUCGGCCAGAGGGAUGACCUUCAACCUCGUCGGGGAGAGCACCAUCCGCUGCAUAAGCGACGGUGAAGGGAACGGGAUUUGGAGCGGCCCUGCCCCUUCCUGUGAACUUGCUGGUCCUGCUGCAUGCCCACAUCCACCCAGGAUCCACAAUGGGCAUUACAUUGGAGAACAUCCAUUUCCAUAUCUUCCUGGGAUGACGGUCAGCUACACUUGUGACCCAGGCUACUUGUUGGUGGGAAGGAACUUCAUCUUCUGCACAUACCUGGGAACCUGGAGUCAUUUUGAACAUUAUUGCAGAGAGGCAAAAUGUAGACUCCCAGCGCAUAUGAAUGGAAUCCGGAAGGACGUGGAAAUGAAAAAAGUCUAUCACCAUGGAGAUAAUGUAACUUUUGAGUGUGAAGAGGGGUAUACUCUGAAAGGUAGUCCCCAGAGCCAGUGCCAGGCAGAUAACACGUGGGACCCUCCUCUGGCCAUAUGUGCAUCUAGCACACAUGAUGCUCUCAUAGCUGGUAAGUUCUGUGAAGGGUUUGCUGAGGAGCUCUAGCACGUUCCACAGUAAGUACUCACUUACAGUGGGUGAGAUGUAUAAGGAGAGAUCAAAAUCUGUAACGUUACAAUUUCAGUCAGAAGGAAAAGAGUCUACAUUCAGGCCAUGGUAUCUUCACAGGCACAGAGUGAGUGAGUGUCCUCUGUCGAAGGUUCUACACCGUCUUUGAAUCAUUACAAAUGAAUAAUCGUCAUCCUUCCUAUUUUAACGGGGCUGGAGAACACAACGUCCCCUUUGGUUUACAACCCGGGAAGAUUCUUCAGGAUGGUAGUUAUGCCCGCUUGCGCAGAUUAGAAGCCACAAAGAUCAAUUUUCUUAGCCAUUUCUGUGACCUGCCUGUGCAAGAGGAGUGGUUUGUUGAGACUUUGCCUGUAGGGAUCAGUGGAGUCGUAGCCUGUG